UACAGAUAUCUUUAUUUUAUGAUCAUGUUUACUUUAUACAUUCUGAUACUCUGCUGUAAUUUCAUUAUUGUAUUCCUCAUUGUGGUUGAGAAAAGUCUCCAUGAGCCUAUGUACAUUUUUAUUGCAGCUUUGCUAUUGAACUCUGUUAUGUUAAGCACUGUUAUUUACCCAAAGCUUUUGACUGACUUUUUAUCUAAAAGACAGAUCAUAUCUUAUUCCGUCUGUCUCUUUCAGUUUUUUAUGUUUUACUCUUUGGGUGGUUCAGAAUUUUUACUCUUGUUUGCCAUGGCCUAUGACAGAUAUGUGUCUAUAUGCAAACCUCUGCAAUAUCCAAUGAUCAUGACAAAAAAUACUAUCAGCAUUUUUUUAACCUUAGCUUGGAUUGUGCCCUCUUCUCAGGUUGCAGUGGUAGCUGUAUUAAUGGCCAAUAAAAAAAUCUGUAACUUUACUUUCACUGGAAUUUUUUGCAACAAUACAAUUUACAAGCUUCUGUGUGUGCAUUCAACAGCACAAACUGUAUAUGAUAUGGUUGUACUAUCUAAUGUUGCAAUUCUCCCUGCGGUUUUCAUAUUCUUCACUUACACCAGGAUACUUGUGAUAUCCUAUCAAAGCUGUAAAGAAGUCAGGAGAAAAGCUGCACAGACCUGUUUGCCCCACUUGAUAGUUUUGAUCAGCUAUUUGUGUUUUUGUGCAUUUGAUGUCAUUGUAUCUGGUCUGGAGUCUAAUUUUCCAAAGAUUGUACAUUCCAUAUUGACUUUGCAAAUCGUAAUGUAUCCUCCCCUUUUCAAUCCAAUUAUAUAUGGACUAAAAAUGAAGGAGAUUUCUAAACACCUCAAAAGGUUGUUCUGCGCUGUCAAAAAAAACUAA